AUGGGAGAUUUUAAUGCAUUGUUGGAUCUUGAUGAGAAGAUGGGUGGUCUCAGGAUGUCAAACAAGGUAAUGGAAGACUUCAGAGAAUUUGUACAGAUCAACAAACUCAUAGAUGUUGUUCCGAAAAAUGGAUUGUUCACAUGGACUAACCGUAGGGCUGGUUUUGCUCACAUCUCUGAAAGAUUGGAUAGACAUUGUAUAGGCGAGUUUUGGUCGAAUUCUGCUAUGCAAAUAGAGGUGUUCAUUCACCCUAUUUCCCUGUCAGAUCACUUCCCUGUAGAGCUUAAAUUGAGCGAGGCUAAACCUAGAGGGAAGAGUUGCUUUAGAUUUCAAAGUAUGUGGUGGCGUGACCCGGAGUUCGGCACCCAUCUCGAAGGCUGGUGGAAGGAAAGCGACAUUUAUUCUGGAACACUGUCAUUCACGAUCGAAUUGGAAUUAAACUCAAUCAAUUCUAUAACCAUUGCGCACGGUAUGUCUUCGGAUACCUACUUCAAGGAAGAAGCUCUCAAAGCAAAACUUGCAGAGCUACUGUUAAGGGAAGAAUUGUACUGGAGAGAUAAAGCCAGAGAAUUAUGGAUCAAGGAAGGGGAUUCUAAUACUAAAUUCUUUCAUGCCACGAUGAAGGCAAAAAGUAGCAGGAAUCUGAUUUGCUCGAUUCUGGACGAAGAGGGAGUUCGACAUUCUUUGCCUGAAGAUGUUGAAAAGGAGGCAGUUAAUUAUUUCUCAAAAAUAUUGGGAGAGGUUGAUGGAUCCAACUUGUUGUAG